UUUCAGUGUAAGAAGUGUGGGUUUCGGUGUAGUACGAAAUUACAAAUAGCUAUGGAAACAAACUUUAGGUUCUGGACUUUCAUAGUUUUGUAUUUAUUACAGAUACAAUCAUCAGUGAAGAGUUUUAAUUUGGAAACACGUUUGCCACUGAUAAAACAAGGUGACAGAGGUUCUUACUUUGGUUUUUCAGUGGCUGAACAUCUUGCUGUCUAUGGUGAAGAUACCAAAUUCUACCCAGUAUUACUAGUAGGAGCACCCCUUGCACAGACGUCUCAACCAGGAACAAACCGCUCAGGCGCCCUCUAUCAGUGUGAGCUGAAUACAUUCAGAAAAGACUGUAGGCAAGUUGAUGUUGAAUCAGACGUUUUGGAGCCGGCUGAUGAUGUUGACAAAGAUGGUCAAUGGCUUGGAGUUUCAGUGACGAGCCAGAAACCUGGUGGCUACGUUAUGACCUGUGCUCAUCGAUAUGUGCUAAAGGGAUCAGAUUUUCGUUGGGGAGAAGGUGUUUGCUAUUCUCUUACACCAGCUUUAGAUCGUCAUCGGGAAUGGGACCCGUGUCUAAAUCGUGCUAGGAACAAAGCUCAUGAACAGUAUGGUUAUUGUCAAGCUGGAGUUAGUGUGUAUAUUACAGAGGAUAACAAUCUAGCAAUUGGUACACCAGGACCAUACACAUGGAAAGGAACAGUUUUUGUGAAUAAUGUUCGUUUUGGCAUCUUGGAUGACCAAUUGUGGUAUAAAGGCCCUUUAAUGGAUAUAAAUUUGCCACCAGUAAAGAAGUAUAGUUAUCUUGGUAUGUCGGUCACAGGAGGAAAAUUUUUUGGAAGUCAUACCAGUUUUGUGGGAGGAGCUCCACGGUCAAAUGGUACGGGUCAAGUGGUGUUUUUCAAGAAGGAUGAAACUAAACAAAAUGAGCACUUUGUAGUAGAGCUAGUAUUAGAUGGAGAAUUAUUUUUAUCCUCUUUUGGCUAUUCAUUAACAUCUCUAGACAUUAAUGGAGAUGGAGCACUGGACCUAGCAGUUGGAGCUCCAUUCUACUUCAGCAAGAAGGGUGGAGGAGCUGUGUAUGCCUAUUUGAACACAGGAACUGGUUUUGAAAAAGAAACUGUACCAACAAAAUUAACUGGAAAAGUGGAAUCUGCAUUUGGGAUGGCUCUAUCAACUGCAGGAGAUUUGAACAAAGAUGGAUACUAUGAUUUAGCUAUUGGUGCCCCCUAUGAAGAAAAUGGUAGAGGUGCUGUUUACAUACACUUGGGAUCAGCAGAAGGUCUUACUGUAAAAGCAGUUCAGGUUAUCAGACCUUCAGAUUUUCCCAGAAAAGCUCUGUUUAGAACCAGAUUAACCACUUUUGGAUACUCUCUGUCAGGAGGAUUGGAUAUGGAUUCUAACAGUUAUCCAGAUCUCCUUGUAGGAGCUUAUGAUAGUGAUGCUGUGGUCCUCUUAAGAUCUCGACCAAUUAUUGGUGUGACAACAACAGUUAAAGGUAACUUUACACAUAUAGACCCACAAAAAAAGGGCUGUCCAGACGAUCCUUCUAAUCCACGUGAUGAAACAGAUAUCCAGAGCCCUAUCCAGUUCAAACUGACGUAUUCUCUUGUUCAGAAAGAUCCCAGAAUGCCUCAAGAAGGGGAAAAACUGCCUGAUGUGAACAAUUAUCCAAUUCUUAACCAGCAAGAAGCAACAAAAACUUUUGAGGCUACUUUUUUGAAGGAUUGUGGAGAUGAUGAAAUUUGCCAGAGUGAACUUACACUUGAAACUAUAUUUGAACUGCCACAGCUAACAAGUGUAAAAGAUGAAAAGAAGUUGUACGUGGGAGAAGGACACUUCAAUGUUUCCGUUCGAGUGUUGAACAAAGGAGAACCAGCCUAUGAUGCGGCUUUUUAUAUUUCACAUCCCAGUAGUAUAAGCUACGUUAAUCAUCUCACGAAAGACAAUCUAGUUAAUGUUGAAUGUAGUCCAGUGACAGAGACUUCAUUAAAGUGUAUUCUUGGUAAUCCUUUCAACCUGAAAGAAGUUGAAGUCAAGAUCAAGUUUGAUCCUCGAAGAGUUGAAGAAGAAGAAGAAGACUUGCAAUUUCAGUUCAGCAUGAAUACUACCAGUGUGAACUUAGCAAAGGAUACAAAACUUACAAGGGAGAUUGAUAUUGUACGUCUUGCAGAAUUGGAGCUUAAUGGUGGAGCUCAACCAGAACAAGUGUUAUACGGUGGUGAUGUCAUCGGAGAGACUUCAAUGAAGUAUGACAGGGAUGUUGGUAGCAGUGUUACUCACACAUAUCAGGUACAUAACUAUGGACCAUAUAGAGCCAAGCAGGUGAAAGUAGUAAUUUCAUGGCCAUAUGAAAUAGAAAAUAAAAGAGCACAUGGAAAAUGGUUGUUAUACAUGGUGGAAACUCCAAAGGUUGAAGGAAAUGGUUACUGUGAAAUGCAAGAAGGCCAAGUGAACCCCUUGAAACUUUUGACAAGUCCUGAUGGAAAUUCAGAACUUACUGAUGAUGGUGUUGUGACUGUUAAUGGUCGAAAGAAGAGGGAAGUUACUAUACUCCCCGAGGAAAAAAAAGUGGAUGGAAAAAUGGUCAAAUUUGUGACAUUGGAUUGUCAACGAGGAAGUGCCAAAUGUUUUCGCUUUACAUGUGUCAUCAAUAACCUCAGUGCCAAAAAAAAUGAUAUUAUAAGAAUAAAAGCCCAUCUUUGGAAUAGCACAUUUGUGGAGGAUUAUCCCAAGGUGGAUUAUGUUAGAAUUAUUUCCAGAGGAGUGAUAUAUCUUGACCCUAGCCUAGAUAUUGAGCAGAACACCACCAAUGAUAAAGCAAUGGCUGAAACAAAGGCUUACCCAGACAAACUUGUUUCUGAGGCAGAGAAAGGAGUUCCCAUCUGGAUCAUUAUAGUUUCUGUGGCUUGUGGUGUACUUUUGCUCAUAAUUGUUAUAAUCAUUUUGUGGAAGUGUGGAUUUUUUGCAAGACCAUUACGUCGCUAUGGAGUUGUGCCGAAUGAAGAAAAAGAUACAAAUAACUAUCCACAUGCUUCCUGAAAAAAUAACUUGAAUAGUUAAUCCAUGUGAUAGCUGUGUAUACAUUGGUGGCGAUAAGUUGCCCACAAACAAUUGCCUUCUAUUACUCCAUUUGAAGACAACACUGAAUUGUUCUUGGUUAGCACUGCAUCAAGAGAUUUGAGACUCAGUGGCAUGGUUUUUAAGAAUUUUAGUUUAUAGUAAUGUGUCUGUAUGCAAACAUCAAAAUAAAGAAAAACUAACAGCUUAAUUUGUCCUAUUAAAGAGACCAACUAUUUGUAUUUCCUAAUCAACUAAUGAAAUACACGUUUAGUGGAAGAAAAACAUAUUAGUUAAUUGUAAACUUGAAAUAAAAAAAAAUCAAACAUUGUAGGUUGUACUAGGCAUUUUCAUAAAUUUUUAUUUAGUCAUCUUAUUAACAAUGUUCAAAACGUCCAGUAGGUUAUAAUAGUUUUGUUGGAAGUUUCUGUGAUAAAGUGAGCAAAAGUUGUAUUACAUCACCAGCUCGGUUUUGAGUAUUUAAGACAAUAUAACCAAUUGUGACAUUUGACAUUUUGAAUACUACAUAUGGUACCAUAUCUUGCAGUCCACCUGUGUAAAACAGUAAAAUGUUAAUGUUCAGAAAGGCUUGUUUUUAAAUCAUACUAAAUACAGGAGGAAAAAAACAUUUUGGUGCUAAACAAUGAUUUUUUAAUACAUAAGAAUAUUUUUAUUAGUAAAGAGGAGUUAAAUUAUUGUAUUUUCUUAUUGGUAAACAAAAGUGUUAACCAGGAAUUUCAAGCAGAACAGUGUGAUAAUUUCUGUAAAACUGUUUUCUAUGCAGUUGCUGUUACAUAUAAACAAAGUAAGAAGGUUCCAAAAAAAUAAAAUGGUUAUAGUAAUUAUUGUAUUAUAAAAGGCUUUAAAAGUUUUGUUUCUUGAUGUUGUAAAGUAUAGAUACUGUAAGUUUAAAUCAUUGUUAUUUACUUAGUUUUACAAAGUUUUAAGAUGAUGAUCUUCUUGCAUGUGGUUUUACAAAAUAGUCUUUAUGUCGAAUUAUUGCUGCUAAUAGGUUUUAAAAUUGCAAACUUUAAAGUACAGACAAGCUGUAAUUACUUGUAACUGUCCACAGAUUUUGCUUUUCAUUUAUACAGUCAUUCACAAUUGCAAGUUCACUUCUCUUGUUAAUGUCAGCAACCUGUUUCAGGACUCUACAAACAAGUUAGAUUCUUUCAAAUUCUUUAAAGUGCAUCACCUUAUAUAUACACAGGCCUUUUUGAAAUGUUGCAGAUACUUACUUGAAAACACUGUCUUUGUUGGUUGUGAUGCUGUAGUUAUGGUCUGUGGGAAGUUCACAGACAUAUAACUCUAAAAUCCAGGGUUUCAUUCCUCAUGGUGAACAGAUUGCAGAUAGCCCAUUGUGUAGCUUUGCGCUAAACAAAUAAAUUACAUUCAGAAUUAAUCAUUUUAUUACAUCUAUGUUUUGGUUAUGGAAACAUGAUAACACAUGUUGGUUGUGAUCUUGCUGUUCAGAUAGGUUAUCUAUUUCAUUAACAUAUACACAGUAGUAUUGUAGGAAUCAUAUCAAAAACUUAUAUAUAUGUAUAGGAUUUUAAAACUUCGACAAGAAAUAAGGUCAUUAGUUUUAUUAAGAAAGAAUAAUUGAGAACUUUAUUCAUUUUUUGUGUGUAAAAAUAAUGAAUAUAUAUUGACAAAUAACUUCAAAUAAGACUGUGUUCAUAUCCUUUACAGUACAUACCAGUAUUCUCUUGACCUAUUACUAGAAAUCAGUAUUAAUAAUUCAUUUCACCUAGUUUUGACUCGCUGUUGUUCAUAUAAUUCAUAAGAAUAACUACUGUUAACAGGUUAAAGUGAUAAAUUGCUUUCUAAAGAUGUCAGACUGUCUUAACUCUUUAAACCCAUAAUUUUUUUGCUCAUUCUGCUAUAAUUAUUUUCAUGAUGUCCUAAUAAUUAUCACCAUACCUUAUAAAAAAUUUCCAGUCUAUUUAUAAAUGGUGAAUAAUAACAUACUUUGGAUUAGUUUUCAGCCAAAGAGACAAAUGUUAUCACCAUCCAAUGGUUUAAGUCAGGAUUUUUGGCCAGGCAUUGGCAGCAUCUGCUUGGGUUUAAGGAGUUAAUGAUAUUAAAUACACUAUUGAGAUGAACUUGCAAGUCUUCUAUCUUCCUUAGCAUAAUUACCCUACUCGAAACAUUAGUAUUAUUAAACAAACUUCUUUAAUACAAUAGAAAUUGGUGAAUACCUCCUCCAAUCACUAUUUUUGAAAGUUAUUGAAUGAUUUCGUUCUAAAAAAAAAAACAAGCCGCAGCAAAGAUAGACCCCCUUUUUUAACCUUGCACAUUUUUCAGAUGUCUAGUAUGUCCACAUAGUUUUAUAAAAACGAUACUGAAUUUCUGAUACUGUUUCAAUUGCUUUCUUAAAAUAUAUUUGUCAUUGUUAAAGUAACCACAAACAGCACAAAAUAUUGAUUACCAUUUUAAAUAUCUUAUCAGACUAGCUAAUCUUGAUAAGUUGGUGAUAAAUUAUUUUCUAAAGAUGUGAGUCAGUCUUUUACUAAAUGAAAACCUUUGUUCUUGUUAUAUGUUCAUUUGUAUAAUUUACUACAUUAGUUCUAUUAAGGUUCUGAUGAACAAAAGUUUUGUCUUUGUUUUGGGUAGUUGACAAAUAAUUCCUGACAGAUGCACAUGUUUAAGGUAAUGUGACUUACCAAGUUAGAAACAGCAAAACAUAUCAAAAUUAAAGUUUACAAGUAAGAAAAAUAUUAUUUAAUAUUACUGUGUGGAAAAAAAAAGAGAACCUUUCUAAAAAAUGUGUAGUCAGGGCAAUAAAUAUUAGGAGAGGACCAUUCAUGAUCCAAGAAUAAUUUGCUCAUUUUUUAUUGCUCAUUUUUGUUUUUAUAUUUUUUGUAUAAUUAACUAAUGCCCUUUUUUUUUUUAAAGACAAUUUACUACACAGUAAUAAGACCAAAAGAAGUAGGCAGAAAUCUUGAUAUCAUAACCUUAAUGUAUAUAGCAAAGCAUUCUCUUGACAAAGCUAUUCCAUUCCUUCUUACAUGUUUAUUUACCUUCUGUAUUUAAGCCACAGUAUUAAGCAGGUUACAUUUUGUUUCAUAUACUGCAUAAAAAUCACAUUUUUCUAUUGUUAUUGUAAUGACCCACAAAACAAGGACGAUCUGUUAAGUAACCUACAUUUAAAUUGACAAUGUAUACUUUUCAAAACAGUAACAUUUUAUCACAAACUGUUAGUAAUAAAAAUACUAAAUCAAGAUAGUUUGAAAGUAGUAAGUUUUAUUAUAGUGUAUGAACAGCUUAUUGUUAUACCAUGUACAUCUAACAUUUAUUUUUAUGUACUAUAUUAACUAAUUGUUUAUGAAUAACUUUCAAAUUACAAAGCUUUAUUUCAUAAAAACAAUAAACAUACAGGAUGGAAAGUUUCUAUCUGUAUUUGUCAAUGCUUAGAUAAUCUCUUGUUGCUUGUCCAUUUAGUGAUAAAAUAGUUUGUUGUAAAUAUUUCUUUUUGAAUUCUGAAUAUUCUAUUGUACAGAUUGGAAAGAGCUGUGAAGACAUACAGUAUAGAUAAACAAGUUCUAACUCAUAUUUAGUAAGAAUAAACAAUGUAUUUAGUAAAUGUUAAUGAAUACAAAUAUCUAACAUAUUAUAUUAAAUGUUUAUCUAAGUUUACAUGUUUUUUUACUAUCAACUUCUGCAUAAACUAAUUAGUUCAUUAAUUAAUUAAUUUAUAGAAUUGAGCUCCUAACUUCGUGUUGUCUAUUGCUUAAUUUCAUCCUAUAUUAUCUUGUGUAUUUCUAUGUAGAUAAAACCUUCCAAUAAAAUGAUAAAUGAUGUAUCUUAGUGAGUUUUAAAGAUAAAUUUAAUUGCUUAUAUGAAAGUCUACGUUCAAAGUUAUCUUGUUGAAAUUGCCUUAACAAAAAGUUGAAAAGUUUCUGUACAACGGGCUAUGAUAGAAUGAUUUCAUAUCUCAGUUUUACAUGACUUAAAAUGUGUACGAGUAAUACACAGUAAAAUGUAUUAUUGCCAUGCAAAUAUGUAUAAAUUAAAAUAAUAUCAAGUUUUACUA